AAUGACGGAGGUUUGGAAGAUACCUAUGACGGACGACGGAAAUGGAAGAAACGCAGAAGUUGUGAACGAAGAAGAUGGAGCUGCGACGGAGGACGGAAAUGGUGGGCUGUGAACGAGGAAGAUGGUGGUCCAAACAACGCUAGGGACGAAGACUUUGGUGGGACAGGUGGUGGACAUGUGACACAAGGCGUCAACGAAGUUCCGAUAUUUGACAGCCGGGAUGAUUACAGUUGUGACGGGGAAGAGAAUAGCAGGGAGAAGAUGAAUGAGAUGUUGGAGAUGGAGAUAACAAUGGUGAUGAAUGUGAACAAAUUCGAAAGAUAGGCAUGAAGUCUCCUACAAAAGAUGCAGUUUAUGAUUUCUACAAAAAGUGUACAUAUGUCGGUGUGCACAGGCGAAUGAAAGGCUCCUGGG